AUGGCAAGAAUAUCAGGAGCAAGGAUGGAGCCGAGGAAUGAGACCACGGUGGUGGAGUUUGUGCUGGAGGGGUUCCAUGUGGCUCAGCACCUGGGCAAGGUCCUCUUUGCAGUGCACCUGCUGGUCUAUCUGGCCUCAGUCGUAGGAAACACACUCAUAAUCGCCAUCACUUGGACUGACCCUCACCUGCAGACCCCUAUGUACUUCUUCCUCAGAAGUUUCUCCUUCUGUGAAGGCUGGUUCGUCUCCACCGUAAUCCCCAAACUGCUCUCCAUCUUUCUUUUUAGAGACAGAGCGAUUCAUUUCGCUUCUUGCAUCACGCAAGCCUUUUUCUUUUUGUUUCUUGGGUCAACAAUUUUCUUCCAUAUGGCUGUGAUGUCCUUGGAUCGCUACCUGGCCAUUUGCAAGCCUCUGCACUACCCAACCAUCAUGAACGCCAGGGUCUGUUUCCUUCUGGUUUUCUUCAGCUAUGUGCUUUCCUUCCUUCUGAUGACUGCUGUAAUCCUGAAGCUCUCCUGUUUGUCUUUCUGUGGCUCCAAUGUCAUCCCCCAUUUCUUCUGUGACCUUGGCUCCUUACUUCAUCUCUCCUGUUCAGACACUAAAUCUCUUGAAAGAAUGGCUUUUGGUGUCGCCUUGGUUGUCCUUUGCACAUCUAUCAUCACAUCUGUUUUUGCCUAUAUCAACAUACUCUUCUCGGUCAUGCACCUUCCAUCGGCCAGGGAGCGACAGAAAGCUUUCUCCACCUGCUCAUCCCACCUCAUCGUCCUCUCUCUCAUGUACGGCAGCUGCGUGUUUAUUUAUGUGAAACCGAGGCAAACAAGCCGGCUGGAAUCCAACAGGGCGGCUGCUCUCGUGAACACAGUGCUGACCCCGCUUCUGAACCCUGUCAUCUACACCCUGCGCAACAAGCAGGUCCACCAGGCUCUGAGGAAUGCACUGUCCAGGGUGAACUUACAGAAAUAG